UCUGCGCGUCUCUCUCCCUCAAAGUGCACCUCGUUUCUUGCGAGCCUUCAUUCUGCAUUUGGUUGUUUCCACGGAAGGUCAAGUCACUCCAGCAAAAUUUCUCAAAAUUGUACUCUUUCAAAAAUUCUUUUACGAAUUUCGGCUGGGCAAGUUUAGAAAUAAUAAUCGGGUCACGAUGCAGAGUCAUUGUUUUUGCCACUCUUGGGCUACAAGCCUACUUCUUUCGCGUCGUGGCAAACCGCUGAGGAACCGAUUCCUGCCCCCGUAUCUCAAAAAUUCUGAAACAAUUGAACAUCUCCCUGGACGCCGGCAUAACCGAUACACCCAAACGUCCCCCUUCAUAUCCCGUCAUCCCAGCUUUGGACAAAGAAACAUCAACCGGAAGAUGGACUGGUAUAUAAAAUAUCAGAAGAAGGCGUGCGUUCAGGACGAAGAAGGAAACUUCUGGUUCCGGGGAACUCUGGAGGCGGCCUUGAUGGAGAAGGAGAUGGAGAAAGACGUGGAGGAAGAGGUGGACACGGGGAGUGAUUCCUCCACUGCUGAUUCGGGCCUUGGCGAUACCCUACGAACCACCGACGAAGGAUCGCCACCCAGUAUUUGGAAAUCUGGCAAGGAUCAAGAUGGAGCUGUGAUUCCAGAUCUGGACAUGCAUUUUAAUAGCGACGAAAUAGUUGACUUCGAUAACGAGAUUCUCAAUAAUCUGUCCACGAUCAAAAUUGCUGAUAGAAAAUUUUGUCGAAAACGUCAGCACAUUCGCAGUAAUAAGUUGAAGAAUUGGACUUCGGAUCAAUUUUUCAAAUUUUAUUUUAUGUAGUAAAUAUUGAUUAUGGAACGAGUUGAAUCUUUUAGUGCUACUUGAAUCUGAUGUGCCGACCUAAAUUCCUUGAUAUUUUUACUCUUCUAGUUAAAAAAUCAUUUUAAUUAUUGUAUUGUGAUUAUAUAGUAUUUGCAUUGUACUAUUAUUUUGUGUUUGUUUUUUAAUUUUUUUUUAUAAUUUUUAUUAUGAUUUUGCCAUGUUUUGGGUGAAGUUUGUACCGGGUGAGAAUUUUUAUUAUGACGAAUAAAUUGCGUACUAGUUUGUAUGCACAUAUUUAUAAUUAACUU